AGUAACCGCCCACGAGCAGACUAAACAACAAAGAUGGAGUUGUGAACUAGUAGCAAGUUAGCUUCCAGAUGACGUUCAAUUUCAGUUUGUGUGUAAUUACCGUUAAAAGAGUGGAAGUUACCAGCUGAUUGAAGUGGCGUGAUGCGGUCAUAUCGAAGUCAUACAUAGUUGAGGUUUUAUAGAAGCUGUCAGACGGGUAAACAUACAGGUAUCUUAGCUACGACAAAGACAACAAGGCUUAGUAGCUACCUAGGUUAGCUAAGUAACGUCUGCUCGUUUUCACUCCAGCUAACUAACAAGCAAAGAGCGUGAACACGACAGAAAUGGAGAAGUCAGAUUUCCUGAAAGGACUACCUGUCUACAACAAAAAUAACUUCAGCAGGUUCCACGCAGACUCUCUAUGUAAAGCGUCAAACCGUCGACCAUCUGUGUAUCUUCCAACACGGGAAUAUCCAUCAGAGCAGAUCAUUGUCACAGAGAAGACAAACAUCCUAUUGCGAUAUCUUCAUCAACAGUGGGAUAAAAAGAAUACAGCAAAGAAACGAGAGCAGGAAGAAGGAGAGGUGGAGAACACGGCGCCUCCACGGAAAAUUGCCAGAACAGACAGUCGGGAGCAGAAUGAGGAUUCGUGAAUUGCUGUGCUGUUGACGCGCACCCAGCAGAGACUGACCUAUUACACAGAUGCUGAACAUAUGUUUGCAAACCCAGGCCUUGACACUGACGCACACAGGGAUUGAUCCAUUUCAGACCAUAGCCGGCAUGAUAUUAAUGUCAUAAAACAUUGGUAUUCAUGUUUUACUUCAGAAUUCCUCUUCAACCAAAACCUUUUUUCCACAAUUUAUUUUCUUUUGUUCCAAGGCACCUCUGCCUCAAAUUUCAGUCUUUUGUGGUUUGAAAAUAACACCUACCUCCUGAUUCCUCAUUCUCUCUGAUUUUCCUUCACUUAAGCUCACACUGUUUCUUUUAAACGUGUAGGUCCUUUGGGGAGGGUUUACAGCUGUAGUUAUUCAUAGCUUCUCUGAGAUAUGCACAUAUUAAUUUAAGUCUAUUGGUUAAGUGGCAUGCCCUCUGUUGUUGCUCCUACUCCAGUAUAAUCUUUUAGUUUUGAACUACGUAACUACGGUGGUCUAUAAAAUGUUAUUUUGGCUCAUCCUUUAUGAUUACUGGCAUCGUUCGUUAGAUUUAAUCAUCCAUUCAGGGUUUGUUAUGGACGGGUGCCGAAAGAAAUGUUCUUGUUUUCUCCUGAUGAAUAUUGAUUUAUUGCCUUGAAUGGAAGUAAGUGUAUUAUAACUACGUCUUAGAGUAACCCCCUUGGUUCAUGUCGUUGUUUCAGUUGAAGAAGUGAACCACAAGUGAGCUGAAUGGAUGUUAGCGUGUCUAUUGAGACACAUUCAAGCCAAUAGAGUCAUACCGGAGGAUGCAAACUGUUUUUGUACAGGAAGACCUACAGAUUGUGUAGCCAUGUUCUAAGUUUGAUGCUCAGUAGUUUGAGAUCACCACUUUAUAAGCAGUGUGUGUAUCUUUGUAAUUACAACGUUUGCACAAUAUUUUAUGGAAGAGCUGAGGACUGCAGGUAUGUGUAAAUUUAAAAUGUAGCCGUAUUGCUGGGUAGGACUGCUGUCAAUGGGGAAAUGUGUGUGGCUUUACAAGCUUUGGACAGCAGGACUAAAUAAAGUCUGUUUGCGGUUCACACAGUCGGUGAAGCUCAUCGUAAAGUCUUGUAUAUUUGUACAGUAUGUAUAUUGUGAUUGUUCCGACCCUUUUAUCAGGUAACAAGACGACUCGCUCUGAUUUUUGUCUUCACCAGGUUAACCAUACUGUUAUUUCACUUUGCUUAGACAAUUUGUUCUUGACAUUGGAGGGAUACAAGCCAGAGUUCAGUCAAUUUUGCUUAAUUUUCUUUGCACUUUUAGAAACCUCACUUUUUGCGCAUCUAUAAAGACAAAUCUGCUGCAAAUUUUCAGCAAUGUUUGUCACGACUGACAGUUGAGUCUAUUAAUGCACAUUUUUACUUUAGAUACAUUUUGCUGUUAGAAGAUUUACAGAGUAUAUGUGCAGGUUGGCUGCUUACGUAGUUAGAAUACAAUACGUUUCUCAAGUAUGAGUUUAAACCAGAAACAUGCAGUUUUAUUGUCCUGGUUCUCUAGAAGAGUGCGAACUCUACUCUUCUCAAACGGUUUGUAUUCUAUCACCUAAUUAAGCUUGGAAUGUGUUUAUUGUUGGAUGCUUUGCUUUUGAGUUUAUGUAUAAAUGUAUUGUCAAUUUCAGAUCUCGUUCUUAUAAAGAUUACAGUAGGACAUAUACAGUAAAGACUAUUACUCAAAGUUAAUGGCAACAUUUUUUGUGUGGAAGUGAAGAAAAUAACCUAGCGUGUAUUGGAGGGUUUUGAGGAAAUGCUGUACAAAUUUAAUUGAAAAUGAUCUUCUGGCAAAUAGGUGCAUAUCUAGAUAAGAGUGUAAAUGUUCUGUUGACAGUGUUAUUUUCCUUAAAAAUCUAGUUUACAUGUCCUCUUUCCAGGAACCAUAUCAACCCAGCAAACAUCUCCCAUCCAGUAAUGUUUACUGUAAACAGAAUUAGCCAAUGCUUAUCUCUUGAUAGAUGUUUAUUCAAGUGGGAUUUAUUUGCAUCAUAGAAGUACAUUCACUAAUUUAUGUAGUAAAAUAAUUCAUAGAAAAUGAAAGUUAAGAAAAAUAGAGUAUUUUUUAUGGUCACAGUGAAUAUAAUUUGACCUAUUGCGGAAGAAUAUGAUGGCUUCAAAAGUGCUUCACAACUGAAAAGACAUGAUGGACAUGUCAUGCAUGCACACGACGCAACAUGCAUUCAAUACAGGCAUAAGAAUGAGAAACAAACCUGGAACGGGGAGCUGCUGUUCAUGUCCUUUGAUAAGAGGGCUCAUUGGUGAUCAAGUCCUGGUUUUUGGAAAAAAAAAAAAAGAUCCCUCACAUCAACAAUCUGGUGCUAUUGAAAACCAGGCACUCAUGCAGUAUUUUAACCUUAAGUAAAUGUCACUCAAGCCCCAUUCAAGGAGUUACACCCACUGAACAUAUUUUACA